GUUGUAUGUUAAAAACAUCCUAAAGAUUGAUUCCAUAUUUAGUUUGGCAUGUUUCUACGGGCUGUAACGGAAGUUUUUUAACUUUUCGUCCAACGUUCGGCGUGACCUGAACACGCUUUUGGAUUUGUUUACCAAAUGCCCUAACAAAAGAAGAUAUUUGGACAUAACUGAUGGACAUUAUCGAACAAAUCAAACAUUUAUGGUGGAACUGGGAUUCCUGGGAGUGCAUUCUGAUGAAGAUAAUCAAAGGUACGAAGGCGGACAAAGUUUACAGAUAUGAAGCUGUAAGGGAACCCACAACAUGGCAAGCACACAGCAGUCUGCUUUUGAGUAUGUCCAAAAUGGCAGAGCUCUUCUUGAGGGUCACCUCCAGAAACCCUCCUUGGUCGUUAAUGAGUUGCGAAAGAAUAACAUCUUCAGCGAAAAACAAGUUAGAGAAAUUAAAUCCCAUAAAAAUAGGUCUGUCAAAACCAGAAAGAUGCUGGACAUGAUUAUCAAGAAAGGGGAAUAUGCCAGUUAUGAACUGUUAAAAAUAUUGUACAACACAAGGAACCAAACCUUACCAAGAACAAACCCUACCCAGAAUCAACCUCGCCACCCAGAUUUACAUCAAUGGAUCAGCUGCUUUUCGUUUACAGAUGACCCAGAUUUACAGAGUGGCCUCGUCUCUGAAUCAGGGCCUUGUGAGAGGUACAAAAGGCAGCUGCGAACAAAAGCUGUUGAGUUUCUUCACGCAAAGUGGGACCAGCACAUGCAUUUCCUCAAAGACAAGGCAAAAUGCAAACCCUUUACUUACAUUCCUGUCGUUUUGGACACCGACUCGAGUGAGCUGUCCAAAACUAAAAGCAAGUACAAAAAAGCACGCUCUAAGAAACUUAAGACUUACAUUCCAAGAGAUAAGGGAAAACUGUCCCCUGGUCACUUACUGGAAAGCAGUGAGAAAAAGAUUCUACUUGUUGGUAAACCUGGCAUUGGAAAGACAACUGUUGUCCAGCAAGUUUUAAAUAUCUGGGCAGAGAAUGAGAAUCCUCAAGAGAGUUAUAUGUUCUACUUUGAUGAGCCUUCGAUGAGAUCAAUGUCUCACUCUUCACAGCCCUCAUCCUUGAGGUCUCUGCUGUUUGAAAGAUACCUUAAGCCAGAGGAAGGCACAGAGGAUGUGGUGCUGUGUGAUAUUCAAAAUAAUUCAGAAAAUGUUAUCUUUGUGUUUGAUGGGAUCAUGGAUGUGAUUGGCAACCCCGUGCUAAAUAACAUUUUGGCAAAAGAACUUCUAUGUGAUGCCAAGAUUCUGACCACGUGCAGACCAGAGGCAGAAGAUUGCGAAUUUUUAUCUGACUGGCCGUCUUACAGAGUGGAGGUCCAAGGAUUCAACAAUGAGUCCAUCCAUGCUUACUUAAAGUGGAGGUUAGGCACUGAGGAUGACUAUGUUUGUAGUGUUGCGAGCAACGACGCACUAUUCAGUCUAUGCCAUGUCCCAAUGUACGCUUUCAUAGUGACUGCUUGUAUUUCAUUUAGUCCCUGUGAGGCUAAAAACCACCCAUGCACCAUAACAGAAAUGUAUGUGCGGAUCUUUCGUCAUUGCAUGAAAAGACAUGGUGACCAAAAUGUUGAGUAUCUGGAUAAGUACAUUCAUGACAAUAUGGGGAACAUCAAGUUUCUAGCUAUAAACUCUUUCCAAGCAUUACUUGCGAAAACCGUGAACUUGACAGAAAUGGAUUGCAAGGACAACAGUGUUCAACAUGCGUUCUUGACGUCCAAUGCAGCAAAGGAAUCGUCAACUGGCCAUUCGUUUGCUUUUCUCCACAACACGAUGCAGGAGUUUUGGGCUGCUCUUUUUCUGUUGAUGACACCUGGAAACAUCACCUCCGUCCUUCAACAGUGUCAGACAGAAGAAGGAAAGUACUUGAAGUACAUUGUGUCCUUCCUCUGUGGACUCUUGUCCAGUGACAUUGCUGAAUUGAUUAACUGUGUAGUGCCAGAGGACCAGAUAAGGGAAAUAUCUGACAUAUACCUUGAGAAAGUCAUAGACUCCUUCCUCGGGCCUGCAAUACUACAGGGACAUGAUGAGUCCCAUACCGAGUUGGAUGCUGAUCUCCUCUUCGUUUGCCAGUGCUUGUAUGAGCACCAGUCACCCGAAGCCUGUUCACUCCUUCUACAAAAAGUGGAGUAUGAGCUUGAUCUCAGUGGACAAUAUCUCGAUCCUCAACAGUGCUGUGCUGUGUCAUAUGUGAUCAACCAGUCCACAAACAAGAAUGUCUGUCUGUACCUGAUUGACUGCACUUUCUCUGAUCCAGGAUUGAGGAUGAUUCUGGGCUCUUUGAAAAAUCUUCAAUGUCUCAGAUUGGAUCCCACUACACAAUGUCAGGUGUGGAAAGCUGCUCUUCACUCAGGGAACCCGAGUGACUCUGAAGGCUUGCUAAGACUGUGUGAAUAUGAAAUUCACUUAAGAGUCAUGGAGAAACAGGACCAAAAGGUGUGGGAGAGAGUGGGAGAGGUCCUGAAGCACAAGAGACCAGAGAAGGUCAAAUUCUGUCUACAUUUGUUUGACAACUCACUGCAUGCAGCUAAUUCCUUGGGAAAGAGCAUAUUUGACCAUUUGCCAAACGUUGAGGCUAUCAGGUUUGUUGAACCUGUUGAUCUGAGACGAUCAUUAGUGGCAUGGAAAAUGGAGGUGAGGUCAUUCCAGCAGGAUAUCUUGCUGCACGGGGCUCUGUACCAGAUGGAGACAGGACUGAAACGGGUAGAGGACCUGCAAGCAGUGCUUUGUCUGGCUAGCACAUAUUCUUUAGAGGAACAGAGCAAAUUCAUUUUGAGUUUGUACCAACAUAUAGGAAAAUAUGAGAAUGAUGAAGGGGUAGCAGUUCUACCAACAUUGCAGCCAGUUUUCAAGUCAUUUCCUGCAGUCUGGUACAUACACUUUGCUGAUAUGAAGGCCUCUGUCCUCCUUGAUGUGAUGAAACUCCAAAACGUGAAGAAACCAGUGGAGCUGUGGUGGUCAAAUGAUGAGUGUGACAUGAGCCUCAUUCAUUGUUUGCCUUAUAUUUCACAGCUAAGGUUCAAUGACUGCAUUCUGAUCCAGUAUGAUGACACUAAAGGAACCAUUGAAGGCCUUUUGAAACUAUUCUGUUUUGCAAAGCAGCGUCAGCUUGAGACAGGAGAGGAGACACUGAGGAUGCUGUCGACAGUAUGCAGCUACUCAAACUUCCCUUUUGCGAGUGAUAACAAAGACGAACAGAGUGAUUUUCUGCUAGAUUUAUACUCCUCUGCAAAGUCGUUUGAACAUGAAUUGGAGGACCAAAUUCUCCCAUCAUUGUUGACAGUCUUUCAGUCAGCUCAGCCUGCAGCCUGGGUCCUUGACCUCGGUACAGACAAGGCCUCCAUCCUAUUUGAGGUGCUGAAACUCCAAACAGAGAAGAAACCAGUUAGACUGAAGGGCUGGCUAGAAACUGAUCAAAGCGAAAUAGAGAGUUUUCUUCGGUGCCUACCAUAUAUUUCACAACUGAGGAUUAUUCCUCAAGAUGAGAGUGAUACAGAGGUGAAGAUGCCUAAACUGACUUCUGAGCAACUAAAGAGAUUCUUCCUUUUGCACCUGCUUGAUCAUGGAGAUCUGGACAACACUGAGACAGGACAGAGCUCUGUUGAGGAACUGUUGUCAGUUCUUGGGUUUGCUCAUUCAGACGACUCUCCAGAAAGGUGCUUGUUUCUGUUAGAUCUGUUCUCACAUGGGAAAGACUAUGAGACUCAAACAGGCAGAAAAGUUUGUCACGCAUUACUUCCUGUUUAUCGGUCAGACCCUGCAGUCUGGUCCAUAGACCUCUCGGAGAGAAAGGGCUCUCUAAGCUGUAAUGACCAGUUCCAGCUGUCUCUGUGGGGUGCACUCCCUGUCGGCUCAGAAUGGGAUGCACAGCUAGCCUCCUCACUCCUCCAGGCCCUAGACUACACCAUCACAUUGUCAGGGUGGUUGCCCACUGUAACCUGCAAGGCAGUAGGUGCAGUCCUAGGCCUAUCUGCCCCUGGAGAAAAACUCAACGUCAGUCUCAUCCCAGAUAGUAUCUCAUUCCAAGGAGCUGCAUUACUCUUCAAGCAAGUGAAAGAGUUUCACAAACUUAAGGUAAACGAAAUGUCAACAGCAAAGCUGGCCAGAUUGGCAAGGUCAAUGGCAUGCCGAAGACCAAUGGUCGUUGAGGAGCUGACUCUUGUCUUGUCUAGGUCAAUUCCAAAAGAAAGGGUGCAGUGUAGAGUGCUCAGUGGUUUAGCUUUACUCCUUAGAGUUUGGACUGUAAGGGUCUUAAAUCUGAUAGACUGUCCAAUCCAGGGUUUCCUUCUCACUACCUUGUUGUGUCAUCAGGGUCCACUCACUAUCAGGCAAGUUUCUAGAUCUUCUUCACACUUUAAAAAAUAUGGACUUUUGUUUUGUGAGGUGUGCUAUUGUUUUGAAAGAUGGGUUUGUGUAUGUUUCCAUGACAGACUGAGUAAGGAGACUCGGCAGCAGCUGGCUGUUGUGGUGUAUGAGGCUCAGGAUGAGGAACUGACCCAAUGCUUUCUGGAAAAGUCGGGUAGUGAUCUGUCUAACUGUACACUGGACUGGGAUGUGCUUCACUACCUGCUGAAGACCACCACACAACCCAUCACCAUCAACCUCAGGAGGAGCAGAAUCAGAGACCAAUACAUACCUUAUCUCCUCCCUUUGCUGAAGAAUGUUCACUUUCAAAGGACAAGCUCCCAGUUUGAGAGGACAGCUCUGAGAGAAAUACAUGAGCAACGUGCUGGUCACUUGGUGAACAGUUUAGUGAAGUCAUCAGAUGACUGGAUCGACCUGAACAACCUGGUUUUGAACCAUGAUGACUGUGAAGCGCUUCGUUUUGCCCUGCACUACAGUGACGGUGUCAAACUCAACUUGUUGUUGACCAUCAUUCCAAAGGAGGAAAUGGAGAGCAUUCUGACUCUUCUACACAGAGUCUCUGAGCUCAGGGUCGAAAGGAAACUAUUGCUGGAGCUGCUCCAUACCUGUGCAGGAUUGAGAAGGAGGAGAGGAGUGGCACCUGCACUCCUGACACUGCUGCAUCACAAACUGGACCUCUCCUGCUCCUCUGCCAUGGACCUGUUUGGGCAGGAGAAGACUGUUUUGAGCCUCAGUUUUGGAGACUGUAGGGUAAUCUCCGCGGCCAUCCAGGAAGCUGAUGGUGACACAGAGCUGAUCCUACACGACUGCCAUGUUGAGGAUGAAGGAAUAGAGGAGCUGUUUCAUGUUUUGCACAGGAUUCAUAUGAGCUUUGGAAAACCUCUUCUGCUGCAACUCCUGCACUUGAUAUUUGUGGAAGAUUGCGACAGGUCAGUGAGGCUUGCUUCAUUACUCUCCAGAGCCCUAGAAAAGAAGGUGGACCUCAGUCAUAGCCCUUUAGACUCGAGGGCCUGUUCAACACUUGCCUUGGUUCUAGAACACUCGGAAGGGCUUUCCGAGCUGGACCUCAGUGACUGCCACCUCACUGACACACAACUGGACGUGCUGCUCCCACAUCUGCACAAAGUUCAAGUCCUGAAUCUUUGCAAUAAUGAAAUCACCGACAAAGGUGCUGUGAAACUCAACCUAUACAUGAUCGGCAAUAGCUUCACAGAAACUGUAUGGCUCUCCAGCAACAUGAUUACUGAGUUUGACAUCUUAUUGGCGGACAACCGCUACAAACUGUGGCCAGCUCAUGUGGAGCCUGGGUGGCACGAUCAGCGCGUUACUUCCCUGGGAUCUACCGCUGUGACAAAUGAGACCUCUAAAAAAAAAACCCUCAUUGAAGAAUUUGAUCCUGACAAAACAAUAACAGACAAGAUUACCUACAGGUUCCAGUGUGGGUCUCGUGGCAGGUUUCAGUGCAGAGCUACAGGGCUGGUUUUUGGGAUGAGGGGGGCAGGAAUUGUGGAGUACAGUGUGGUCCACUGGGACAGGGAUAUCCUUGCUAACACCAGCUAUGAGCCUGCAGGCCCCCUGUUUCAACUCAGGAGUCCAGAGGGACAUAUGUACCAACUACAUCUACCUCACUGCGAGGUUAAGGUGUCUGCAGCUGAGAACCUUCUUGUGGCCCACAUAUGCAGAAAGAACAGGGAGUUCUUAAUACCCAAGGUGACACACUCACACGUGAUUGUAAGCAUUAGUGGGCUUUCAAAUUAUGGAAAAGCUCGUAAAAAACAAUCCAACAGCAACCGUAUCCAAGGACAGGUGCUACUGUUCCUUGAGCCUGAAGCAACUCCAGAAGAGCAACGGCUCUGGGUGUUCCUGCUGCCCCGAGACAUGCCGCCAGACCAGGUGGAAAAUCAGCACAAAGAGUUCACAUUCAUUAAGACCAGCUCAUCCUGUAUGCUGACACCCACAGCCAAAUAUAGUGUGACUUCUGACCUCAAACAAGGCUUUCUUGUUCAACCCAAAAAAUACACUUUGCACAUUGCACAUUGCACAUAUCAACACGCCACCUUUGAGGUCUUCUUGAACCGUAGUAUCACAGAACUCAAAAUGAACAUUCUGGAGACAAAGCUAAAGACGAGGAAACGCUGGUGUCGCCGAGUGAUUCUCAACACACCACGGGGUCUCACCAUGUCUCCUCCCCUACUUUCAUCAGAUAAUGCUGCUAAGAUAAAAAGAUUCAAUGAGCAGCAGUGGAUAAAGAACCUGUGUGACAUACUGAGAGAACUGUCAAAGGACGAAAUUAAGAAGCUUAAGUCAAUGAUGAGGAAUAAGGAACAAAAGCCAAUCCCCAAGAGUGCUCUGGAGGGACGAAAAAGCCCUGAGGAGCUUGCAGAGCUGAUGGUGGAGACCUGGGGGAUGCAUGACUCCAUCAAGGCCACCAAAGAGUUCAUGGCGAGACUGCCACGCAAUGACGAUCGAGUGACCUCCUUGCUGCAGCCAUUCUUGUAGCAUUUUGGCAAAGGGUGGGAGAUGAUGGAAGUGUGGUGGCUACCUGCAAAAAACUAUGGGAGUAUGCUUUUACAAGGUCCAAAACUCAGGGAAAAUCAAAUCCAUGGAAAUUGAUAUAAUGAACAGAGCAUUUAGAGAACAAAUAUAUUGUAUUGCAGUUGUCUUUAAUUUUGUAAAGUUUUUGGGGAAAAAAUCAAGUUCAGUUGAACAAUAUAUUUUGAGAUUUUAUGUAUAUUUCUAUAUUUUAAAACGUUUUUUUAAUCACUGAAAAAUUUACAGUAUGACCAACGACAACUUUGUAGUUGAAUGUAUAUUUAUAUUUGUAAACUUUUUUUUCAACCACCAGAAUAAUAUGUAAAUUAUGACCAAUUACUUUUUCUACCUGUUUGAAUCUUGGUGUUGUCUCAUCCACACAUUCGGAUAAAACCAUGAAUCUAAUCCGUGGCCAAUUAUUGUUCUACCCUUUCACUGUCAUAAUGGUACAAAUCUUUGCCGCAAAUCCUAAAACUAGUAUGUAUGAUUAUUGCUAUCCUCAUUUCAUCAGGAAAGACAAAAAUGCCAAAACCCUCAUCAUUAGUGUACUUGCUGUUAUUCCCUCUUAAUAGUCACAGUUUGCAUCACAUAGUAACCAAUUCUUGAUAUUAACCAAUAGCCUACACUGUUGUGCUUGUUUUUUAAUUUUUUUAUUAAAUGUGCUUUUCUAUGCAAUAAAGAUUAGGGUACACACUGAGCAAUAACCUACAAUAUUGGUAGGCCUAAACCUAAUAUUUUGUUGAUUAAAUACAUUAUUUAGAU